GUUGCCGGCCAGGCAGAGUCUCUCCACCCCCCGCAGGUUCUCCAGGGCCGGGGGCACGCGGGCCAGGCGGUUGAAGGACAGGCCCAGCAGACACCCAUGUGACCGACAGCCAUGGCGGAGGGAUACGGAAUCGACCUGACCUACAUCACGGAGCGCAUCAUCGCUAUAUCCUUCCCCCAAGCCUGUCCAGAGGAGACCUACCUACAGAACCUGUGUGACAUAACUGUCAUGCUCAAGUCUAAACAUGGACACAAUUACAUGGUCAUCAACCUCUCCGAGAAGAAUGAGCAUCUCACUCAAAUGAACCCCAAGGUACUGAAUCUGGGAUGGCCCCAUCUGCUGGCUCCUUCUCUGGAUCAAAUGUGCAGCGUGUGCUCCACCGUGGAGACCUGGCUCCAAACACACCCUCAGCACGUGCUGGUGCUACACUGUAGGGGAGGCAGAGACAGGAUUGGAGUCGUGGUGGCGUCUUAUAUCCAUUUCACCAAUAUAUCUGCCAGUGGAGAGCUAGGUCUGGACCACUUCGCAAUGAGGAGGUUCUACAACAAUAAAGUAUCCUUGUUUAUGACUCCCUCCCAGAAACGGUACGUGUGCAUGCUGAGUGGUUUGUUGAGGGGCGUGACGAAGAUGAACUCUUCCCCCCUCUUCCUCCUCUGUGUCGUUCUCCAUGGGGUGCCCAGGCUGAGCCCAGCCGGAGGAUGUCGACUCUUCCUGAGAGUGUACCAGAGUCUGCAGGCAGUUUGCACCUCGGCAAUCUAUCACGUGCAAGGACCUCAGGCACACAGGAUCUCUUUUGUGCUACAGCCGGCCCAACUGCUCAAAGGUGACAUCAUGGUGGUUUGUUAUCAUAAAACCUCUCACACGGCCAGCCGUCAGGUCGUCUUCCGGCUCCAGUUCCACACAGGCGUUCUCCACGGACACACCCUCGUCCUCCCCAAGGAGAACCUCGACUGUGCCAGUGGAGACGCCAGGUUUCCGGAGGACGGCAAGGUGGAAUUGGUGUUCUCCGAGAGCCCGGAGACGAUGGCAGGCAGUGUUCUAUGGCAGAACGAACCCACGGUGACCGUCGACUACGACACCCUGGACCCCGUGGUGCGACGCGAUUCCUUCGAGAACGCCUCCAACCGGGAAGCAGCUCACGACCAGGUCUCUGUCGAUGGCAGCCUCUACGCUAGAGUGAGGAAGAGGAGCGGCGAGGAAGUAGCUUCGCUAGCCGCGCCCGCCGCCAGCCCCGUUCACAGUGACCUGGGCCUGUCCGCCAGCAGCGACUCCGGGUUCUCCGUCGCCUCCCAGUGGACGAACGGCGCGGCGGCGGCAGCGAGCUCCGGGAGAGGGCCCGUUCAGGACGAGCGCACCCAGCCCGAGAGGCUGGUUUUCGGGGUGGGUCUGGAGCAGGCUGGGCCUCCUCCUCCUCCGGAGGGCAUGACCGAACUCCCCACCUCAGACGGAGGGGACGGAGGGAGGGGGGAGGGCGCGGGAGGGGCGGAGCAGCCGGCGAACGAGAGGGAGACCGACAUCCUGGACGACGGUGACGACGAUCGCCGCGGGGAGGCUAGCCCCGCGCUGGACAGACACAGCUCAGCCAGCAUUGGCUCCCUCUCAUCAGAGAGCCUGCCCUACGCCCUGGGAUUGGUCCAGAGCGAAUACUCCACCCACACUUGGGUGCACCGACAACAGAUGGUCGACACCCACCCUCACACUUACCCUUCUUCAGAGGGACGGGGGGGUGCGGACGGGGGGCGGGGCAACGCCAUCGAAACCCCGCCCCCGCCCCACACGCCCCAGAGAGGAAACAGCAGCCGGGACGCGGUGCAAAGGGGGGCGGAGCCCCCAGGGUCACCUGACCACGCGGAGGGCGGACCCGGGGAGCCGUGCCAGGAGGAGGAGCUUGCGUCGCUAGCGAGCGACAUGGACGAGUCCAUCGAGCAGCUGAACCAGCUGAUCCUGGACCUGGACCCCACUUUUGUGCCCGUCCCCACCCGCUGCGCCCCCCUCUCCCGCUCCACCUCCCUCUACACCAAUGGGAUCAGCCAAAAGGGUACCGCCCACCAAUCAGGUAAAGCCAUGACGCAUGGGUCCGGCCCACUUCUCUGGUUUGCGUUUCAGACACCUGCACGUCGUCAGGGCAAGAGCACCGUCCCUUCCAGAACGUUCCAGCAGGGGAAAAAAGCCUCUCAGACAAAUACACCUCGCGACAUGAUAUACAUACUCCACAUAUCUGGUGUUUAAC